UUUCAUUCCAGCGCCAAAUUGAAGUUAUCCCAAAAUUUUCGUCCCGGCGCCCAAUUAAAGUCAUCCCAAAAAUUUCAACACCGCACUCUCAAAUCCCCCCUCGUCUUCGCCUUAUCCGACCCCGUCGAAGUCCGACCGCUGCCGUCGGCCAACUCACCUCAUCUUCGCCUCAUCUUCGUUCGCCGCAUCUGAAGAGAUUCGAAGGAAGAAGAAGAAGAAGCGAGAUAUGAGCAUCAAAACCCUAGUUCUUCGAUUUCGAAGAUGGGAGAUUAUAAUGAUCCGUUUAUGCGCAAUAAGGACGCGGCCGUCCAGGCCCGAACGAAGCCCCAGAAUCGCGCCAACGUCCUCCAGUUGAAGCUGGUUUUAUAUCAAGAUCCAGUAGUAGGCCUUGAUACUGAAGCACAAACCCUAACUACAUCUUCAGGGAAACUCCUCAAGUAUGGAUCUCUUAUAAUCUCUACAGGAUGCGAAUCUGCAAGAAUCGAGUCAUCAAGGAGGCAACCUUAUCAGGGGUCGAUUCAGCCACAGAGGAAGAUGCACUUUUUUCCUAUUUUAUAUUUUGGAUGUAUGAGACAUUUUGGAUAUUAGAGACAAAUAUAUAAUAUUGGAUGCUUUUCAUUGUGAGAUAUUGAAUAAUCAUUGUGUAUGUAUAUAUAAUAUUGGAUUUGUAGCACUACUUGAGAUA